GAGUCUCUCGACUUCUGAAGAGAGAAAUCGCAGGGGAGGUUUCACGAUCUGGAUCGCUUCUCCGAGCCACAUCUCAUAUCCCUAUCUAGAAUAUUCGUCCGCUUCCUCAUUUUGCAGUAGAGCUUGUAGGGAUUUUCGGCAUUCUUUAACGCAUAUGGCGUUAAUUGUUGCGCCGACCCUAAGGCUUUGAUAGCCGCGUGACUGUCAACAAGGAAGGCAAGUUUAGAUGGAGUUUGGUCGGUCAUGCUCAUCGACCUUGCCGCCAUGUGGAUUUCAUAUAUUUUAGCCUGAAAAAUGCCGCAGUGAUCUGGGAGUCUAUAGGCUAUCUCAGAGAUACCUCCAGAGAGUAGAUGCCAGAUCCUGUUCCGAUAUCCAAUUUGGAGCCAUCCGCGAAAAUGGGUAUUUCGCCAUCGCUGAGAGCAAUUCGACGUUUCCGGCAAGCUGAGAACUGUUUUAUUUUUUUGCAGUUAUGUAGGUACAAAAACACCGUUUAUUUUGAGGAAAUAAUUCCGCCAAGCAUUUGCAUGUUGCGUUCAUUUCAAAACAUAAUCACCUAAUUAUAUUCGUUAAUUCGAGUAAUACAAACAACACCUUAAUAUUUAUUUUUUUUUUUUGACCCUUAGUCGUGCAUUUAUGAUUUGUUGCACUUGCCAGUAUUAUUUUUGUUUUUACAUUACUAGCGAUUACCUUUACAUUGACUUCCAGCUCUUGGCCGGGUUAGUAAUAUCGCUCAGCUUGUCGCAGCAUACAUGCCGCUGUCAAACGAAUACACUCUUCAAUCAAUCACCAUUCCAGCGACAACAGCAUACGCAAUUACGUCAACAGUUACAGCAACAACAGCAGCAGCAACAGCAACCACGCCAACAGCAGCAAGGUUUUCCGAAUACCUUAAAUACGCUGCAGCCGCUUGGAACAGCGCUGGGUGGCAUAUCGCCCAUCUCACCGCUCACUGGCAUAGGAGCGCAGAACCCGUUUCGCAUCUACAAUCGUCUUGACCAACAGAACUAUGUGCCCAUUACCGCCUAUCAGAACGAUCUCAAUUAUGACGGCAGCUUUUCAUAUGGUUACGCCUCAGCAGAUGGCACUACCGCGCAGGCGCAGGGGUAUGUGAAAAAUCUUGGCUUAGGCGAAGAUGUCGAAGCGCAGGUGGUGCAAGGUUCAUACUCGUAUACCUCACCGGAGGGCACGCCCAUCACUGUACGCUAUAUAGCGGAUGAGAAUGGCUUUCGCGCUGAGGGUGCGCACAUUCCCACACCACCACCCAUACCCGACGCAAUCGCCAAGUCGCUGCAGUAUAUAUCGAGCGUACAACCUUACCAGCAAGGAAUAAAUCCCAAUUUGAAUCCAUAUCAAACACCUUUUCGCCAAUUUUCUGGCGGCGGCCAGCCACUACGUCCAGGCCAACAGCAACAGCUAACACCUUUUCAAUUGCAACAACAACAGCAACGCACAUAUCAACAGCAACUUGCUGGACAAUUGCAGCCACCAUUUUCGCAAUUCCCUGGCGUCCAACAACAACAACAACAAUCGAAUGCGUUCUUUGGCGGUGGUUUGGCUGGUCAGGGGCAAUUGCCAGGUCAGCUGGGUGAUUUAAGUGGGCAAAACUUUACACAACAACCACAGAAUUUGCAGCAAGACCAACAACAGCAACAGAAACAUCAACAACAACAGCAACACAACCAGCAGCAGCAACAGCAACAACAACAGCAAUUAGCCACACAAGAAUUGCGCGCACGUCCCAAUCAAUUGGUGAACCCUUUUGGCUACAAUCAGUAUCGCCGUUACAAAAAGGCGGUGGCGCCGAAAAAUUAAAUACACAACACAAUUGGAACAAAACAGCGAGGAACGAGUUACCAAAAAAUCUUACUUUCGCUGUAUGCAGGUGUAUGCUUCAAUUUUUUACUGUGUUGUUUCGUAAUUUAUUUUGUCGAACGUGCUGGGUUUGCGUAAGGAUAAUAAGUAUGAAUUUAUUUUGGUUUUAAUUAAUUUUUGAGUAUAGUUUUUAAAGUAUGCUAUAAAUGAUUAAAUGUAACAUAUUUUAUUUAACAAUGAUUUAUUGUCGAAAUGUAAUGGAUUAGUCAUUUUUUUAGUAAU